GGGGCGGGCAGGGUUGGUUGCGCCGGGCGGCGGCGGGUCGGGCGCUGUGAGGGGAGGCAGGAAAAUGGCGCUGACGCAGGGCACGAAGCGCAAAGUCUGCUACUACUACGAUGGGGAUGUUGGGAAUUAUUAUUAUGGCCAAGGACAUCCCAUGAAACCCCACAGGAUCCGCAUGACCCACAACCUCCUGCUCAACUAUGGGCUCUACAGGAAGAUGGAGAUCUAUCGUCCUCACAAAGCCAAUGCAGAGGAGAUGACCAAGUACCACAGCGACGAUUACAUCAAAUUCCUGAGGUCCAUCCGCCCUGACAACAUGUCUGAGUACAGCAAGCAGAUGCAAAGAUUUAAUGUUGGGGAGGAUUGCCCUGUGUUUGAUGGGCUCUUUGAGUUCUGUCAGCUCUCUGCUGGAGGCUCUGUUGCCAGUGCUGUGAAGCUGAACAAGCAGCAGACGGACAUCGCAGUGAACUGGGCAGGAGGUCUCCACCACGCCAAAAAAUCAGAAGCUUCUGGUUUCUGCUACGUCAACGACAUCGUCCUGGCCAUCCUGGAGCUUCUCAAGUACCACCAGCGGGUGCUGUACAUUGACAUCGACAUCCACCACGGGGAUGGGGUGGAGGAGGCUUUUUACACCACAGACCGAGUCAUGACCGUGUCCUUCCACAAAUAUGGAGAAUAUUUCCCAGGAACUGGGGACCUGAGGGACAUUGGGGCAGGCAAAGGGAAGUACUACGCUGUCAAUUACCCGCUGCGGGACGGCAUCGACGACGAGUCCUACGAAGCCAUUUUCAAGCCUGUGAUCUCCAAAGUGAUGGAGACGUUCCAGCCCAGCGCCGUUGUCCUGCAGUGCGGCUCCGAUUCCCUGUCUGGGGACAGGUUGGGCUGCUUCAACCUGACCAUCAAAGGCCAUGCCAAGUGCGUGGAGUUUGUGAAGAGCUUUAACCUGCCCAUGCUGAUGCUGGGAGGAGGGGGGUACACGAUCCGCAACGUGGCCCGCUGCUGGACCUACGAGACUGCUGUGGCUUUGGACACUGAGAUCCCCAAUGAACUUCCAUACAACGACUACUUUGAGUACUUUGGGCCAGACUUCAAGCUCCACAUCAGCCCCUCCAACAUGACCAACCAGAACACCAACGAAUACCUGGAGAAAAUCAAGCAGCGGCUCUUCGAGAACCUGAGGAUGCUCCCUCACGCUCCCGGGGUCCAGAUGCAGCCAAUUCCUGAGGAUGCUAUCCAGGAGGACAGCGGGGAUGAGGAGGAGGACGAUCCUGAGAAACGCAUUUCCAUCCGAAAUUCCAACAAGAGAAUAUCCUGCGAUGAGGAAUUCUCCGACUCCGAGGACGAGGGCGAGGGAGGGCGCAAAAACGUCGCCAACUUCAAGAAAGCCAAACGUGUGAAAGCAGAGGAGGAGAAGGAGGAAGAGGAGAAGAAAGAUGAGAAAGAAGAGGAAAAAGUAAAAGAGGAAAAAGCAGCAGCAGAACCCAAAGGGGUGAAGGAAGAAACAAAAUCCACUUGAGUUGUCUGCAGCUGCCCAGGUGUUGUCGUAGGUUUAGCUCCUGGGUUGCCUCCUCCCCACAGGAUUUCUAUUUUAUAUAUGUUUUCUGUAUAUAUUUCUAUAUAAUUGUAUAAAUGACUGGAGAACUGUAAAUUAUUCCUUGCUGCACUCCACUGGGAGCAGGCAGGGGAGGAUUCAGCUGAGCAGCCCAGGUUUGGUGUCUGGGGGAAGUUUCACCCUUUGCCUUCCACUGCCCCUCCUUGGUGUGGCUCUAAAAACACAAAAAUCACUUCCUUGCCUUUGCUCUCUCCUCUGAAAUAACCUUGGAAAAGAAUAAUUUAAGUAGAAGUAGUGUCUGCAUUUCAGGUUAGGUGGAAAGAUGGCCAUCAAUUCUUGGUUUUCCUUGAUUUUAUUUUUUUUUUUUUUUUUUGGUGUUGUUUUCAAUGGGAGAAUUCCCAAACAAAGCUGGGAGAGACCUUUGGGGUCUUCAGUUGGAUUCCACCACAAAAAAACAAAAACCUGUGAGCUGGUGCCACUUCUCAGGGUCUAAAUUGUGCAGUUCUUGAACAGAGUUGGCUCCUCCCUGCAGCAAACUUGGGGAAAGAGACGAAGCAGCUGAAAAGAAACCUGAAAAGUCCUUUUUUAUUACUUUUUUUGGCUUUUUUUUUUUUUUUUAAUGAAUCAGCCCCAGAGCCCAGAUCUGGAAAAUGUAAAAUUAAAAUCACCUUUAGGGGGUGAUUCAUUUUUCCAAGAUCUCCUGGAUCCAGGGAGUGUGGCAGGGAGGAAAGGGAUUUUUUUUGCUGGUUUUUGAUGCCCCUCUCUGUGUGGGGACAGAAUUCCUCCCCUUUGGCUCCACUUUUCUGCUGAAACCCCAGAAAUCCCCUCAAAGAACCCAGCUGACAGCUUUUCUUCAUGUGUAUCCCUAAAAAAAAAAAAAACCAAGUUUUUCCUUAUUUUUAAGCCAAGUUUUCCAACUGGAUUUCCUUCCCAAGGCCAGUAAAUUCCAACCUUUUUAUCCUGAGGGAACAGCAGAUGGGGCUCUGAGCUUUUUUACAGCUCCUCUCCCUCCUCCCACACCUCCUCACCCCCAGAUCUCUUUUGUGACCUUUUACCUCUCCUUUUCUACAACCGAGAGAAGGAAAAAUAAAACUUUUUUUUUUUAAAUUUUUUUUUUGGAGGGGAGAAAUUCGGAUUUUUUUAAAUUUUUUAUUAUUUUUUUUUUUCUCCAGGCAGUUCCCACUCGCUGCUCUCCUUUCUCAGGGGGAAUCCCUCUGGAAUUCCAGAGGCUCUGCACCCUCCCAUGGGAGCACUGCUGAGGCUUUCAACUCCAAUAAUGCUGCUAAAACUUCACACAGGUUUUUCAAAGGGUUUAUUUUUUUAAUUCCUUAUUUUUUUUCCCCCCCCCUCCCUUUUUUUUUUUUUCCCCCUCACCGUGGAGUUUUUUUAGUAUCUUUGAGUGAGGUUUUCACUCUGAUUUUCAGUGUUUUUAUGUGAAACAAGAGAGAGAUCAGUGUAACUUUGUGUCUGGGGAAUGUGGGAGGGACAGGAGGGGAGGGGAAAAAUCUAUUGUGGUUUUUUAAAGAUGCGUUUAUUUUGAAUUUUCAGAACCUUUGUAAUAAAACUGCUCCAUUUCUAUUGCUGGUGUGAGCCUGGUCUUUUUUGCUCAAUUAAUUCAUUUUCAGAGCUGUGCUUGGAUCUAAUGGAUAAAAAAAAAAUUAGAGGUGGAA